AUGAAGUCCCAACAGUGUUCACUUGUCCUUUUAGUCAUUUUUGCCAUAGCUUUAGUUGUGGGACGACCACAACUAAAUCGCUACCAACAUAUAGCGGUCAUAGAGAAUGAUGCCUGGGAACAAUCAUUACCUGGAGAGCUGAGAAAUCCAUUCUACAAAACACCGAGAGUAAGAAGCGCUUUGGCGAAAUCAUCGUGGUUCGGACCAGGAGAAACACCGGUAUUGGAUAGACAAGCUGAAAAAAUCUCUCGACGAGAAAUCUACAAUGUUCUAAGUCAUGCUGGUCUCAUAGAAAGAAGAAAAUUUUUCUAAAUUUCAUCUCAGCAAGAGCCGUGGCUAAUUGUUGUCGAAAAUAAUGUGAAUAAUAAUAAUUAUUUUUAUCAAAAUAGCAUAUAUUUAGGAAAUUUUGAAUUGUCUUGUAUAUAUAUAUUCCCGGAUUCUCUUAAAUAAAAAUGUCUAUUCAUUUCAUUCAUACUUAAUAGGA